AUGGCUCCUCUUACUUUGCUUCUUUUCAUUUUUCCUGCUCCACUUCCAUCAGUUCAGGCUUUCCCUACUGUGAUGUGUCCACCUAAAAAGGAAGAAAGUGUUUGGGGAAGGUUAGGGUUCCGGGAAGCUGAGGGAGGGGGCGGGCGUCCCAGGCACUGUGACUUCCUCUUGCGCUGCCUUUGGGAAGAGGAUGGGCCUGAGGUCCUGAAAGGGCCUUUCCAGUCCCCCACUACAAAUGCGGAGGGAAAAGUUCAGAAGCAGCCGCGAAGGGACAAAAGCUUAAUGCUGCCAGUUGAACUGGACAGGGCAGUCAAUAAACCCAGCCAGCUCUGGAGACAGGUAGGGGCUCCUGUUGGUUCCACAGAGGCUGAAGCAGCCCCGCCGCCGCCCUCGCCACCGCAGCCGCCGCCGCCGCCGCCGCGGCCCCUGCGUUACUGGGGGAGACGGUGCCGCUGCGACAGGGGAGGACGCGGCUGGAGCUCAAGGAGGCUCCAGCGCGCAGGCGCCGCCGAGCCCUGCCUGGAUGCUCAGUCAAGGCACUAAGGCAAAAAAAAAAAAAAAAAAAAAAGAA